AUGUAGUCACAGAUGAUGCAAAAGGACAAUACUAGUUCUUUUGAAGGCUUCAUCCUGGUGGGCUUCUCGGACCGCCCCCACCUGGAGCUGGUCCUCUUCGUGGUUGUCCUUACCUUUUAUCUGCUGACUCUCUUCGGCAACAUGACCAUCAUCUUGCUUUCAGCUCUGGAUUCUCGGCUGCACACACCCAUGUAUUUCUUUCUGGCCAACCUCUCAUUCCUGGAUAUAUGUUUCACCACGGGCUCCAUUCCUCAGAUGCUCUACAACCUCUGGGGUCCAGACAAGACCAUCAGCUACGUGGGUUGUGCCAUCCAGCUGUAUUUUGUCCUAGCCCUGGGUGGGGUGGAGUGCGUUCUUCUGGCUGUCAUGGCCUAUGACCGCCACGCCGCCGUGUGCAAGCCGCUGCAUUACACCAGCAUCAUGCACCCUCGCCUGUGUGGGCAGCUGGCUUCCGUGGCAUGGCUGAGUGGCUUUGGCAAUUCUCUCAUCAUGGCACCCCAGACGUUGAUGCUACCCCGCUGUGGGCACAGGAAGGUGGACCACUUUCUGUGUGAGAUGCCAGCACUGAUUGGCAUGGCCUGUGUAGAUACAAUGAGCCUCGAGGCACUGGCUUUUGCUUUGGCGAUUUUUAUCAUCUUGGCCCCACUCCUUCUCAUCCUCAUUUCGUAUGGUCACAUCGCCCGGGCGGUACUGAGGAUCAAGUCGGCUGCUGGGAGAAAGAAAGCCUUUAGCACCUGUAGCUCCCAUCUCAUGGUUGUCUCUCUCUUUUAUGGCACCAUCAUCUACAUGUAUCUCCAGCCGGCAAACACGUACUCCCAGGACCAGGGCAAGUUCCUCACUCUCUUCUACACCAUUGUCACUCCCAGUGUUAACCCCCUGAUCUAUACCCUGAGGAACAAAGACGUCAAAGAGGCCAUAAAGAAGGUGAUAGGAGGAGCUGGAGAAAUGGCUUAA